UGAAAGGUCGCCACCUUUGACCCUUAGUGUCAGCACCAAGAUGGCCGCCUUGGUGAAGUAUUCUCGUGCUCUCGCCAAAUUUUCGACGACUCCCGCCUGUCUGCGGCUCCUGCGGGCCGGCUGUCCCCGCUACUGUAGCGCGGACGUCAUGUCGCCCUCGGUGCACGACAGGAUCGAGGAGAAGCGGCGGGCGGCCGUGCUGGGAGGCGGGCAGAGACGCAUCGACGCGCAGCACAAGAAGGGCAAACUGACCGCCAGGGAAAGAGUCGAUUUACUGGUUGAUCCGGAUACGUUCGUGGAAUACGACAUGUUUGCGGAACAUCGCUGCUCGGACUUCGGGAUGGAGAAGGAAGAGAACAAGUUUCCCGGUGACGGCGUGGUGACCGGUCACGGUCGUAUCCACGGGCGACCUGUCUACCUCUUCAGUCAGGACUUCACCGUCUUCGGGGGGAGUCUGUCCAGCGCACACGCUCGCAAGAUAUGCAAGAUAAUGGACCAGGCCAUGCUGACAGGAGUGCCCGUGAUUGGUCUAAAUGAUUCGGGCGGUGCCCGUAUCCAGGAGGGGGUGGAGUCAUUAGCUGGAUAUGCUGACAUCUUCCAGCGCAACGUGGAGGCUUCAGGUGUGGUGCCGCAGAUUUCCCUCAUCAUGGGUCCGUGUGCAGGAGGAGCAGUCUACUCCCCGGCACUGACAGACUUCACCUUCAUGGUCAAGGACACGUCCUACCUCUUCAUCACAGGCCCCGAUGUGGUCAAGUCUGUGACUCGUGAGGAAGUGACUCAGGAGGAACUGGGAGGAGCGAAGACACACACCACGCUGUCAGGCGUCGCCCAUCGAGCAUUUGAGAAUGACAUUGACGCUCUGCUACGACUGCGGGAGUUCUACAACUUUCUCCCCCUCAGUAACAGGGACCCUGCACCAAUCCGGCCCACAGAGGACCCGGCUGACCGGUUGUGUCCGGUUCUGGACCACCUGGUCCCACUGGACUCCCACAAACCCUACAACAUGCUGGACGUGAUCCAGGCCGUUAUUGACGAGGAGGAUUUCUUCGAGAUCAUGCCCAACUACGCCAAGAACAUCGUCGUGGGCUUCGCGCGAAUGAACGGGCGCACGGUCGGAAUCGUGGGGAACCAACCCAAGGUGGCGUCAGGUUGUCUGGACAUCAACGCUUCUGUCAAAGGCGCCAGGUUUGUCCGUUUCUGCGAUGCCUUUAACAUCCCCCUCCUCACAUUUGUGGACGUCCCUGGUUUCCUGCCAGGCACCUCCCAGGAGUACAAUGGUAUCAUCCGUCACGGAGCCAAGCUGCUGUACGCGUAUUCUGAAGCCACCGUGCCCAAAAUCACUGUCAUCACCAGGAAGGCAUAUGGAGGUGCGUACGAUGUGAUGGCCUCCAAACACGUGAAGGCAGACAUUAACUACGCCUGGCCCACUGCUGAGGUGGCCGUGAUGGGAGCCAAGGGAGCCGUGUCGAUUAUCUUCCGAGGAGACCAGGACCAGGCCAAGAAAGAGGCUGAGUACGUGGAGACGUUCGCCAACCCCUUCCCGGCGGCGAUUCGCGGGUUCGUAGACGACAUCCUGGAGCCGAGAGUGACGAGGCAGCGCAUCUGUCGAGACUUGGACCUUCUGUCCACCAAGAAGGAGAGCAGACCAUGGAAGAAACACGCCAACCUGCCGCUCUGAUGAACAUUUAAUCAGUUAUUAUAUUCUAGGACUGUAAAUCUUUAUAUGUUUGCAGUGGUUUUAGACCCGGGCAAAAAGAUGACGAUACGAAAACUGUGUACGCACGCAAGUGUACAAAAACAGCAUAGGUCGAGUUUUUUCCAUGUGUAAAUCAGCCUGCUUUGACGUAUGCCAAAAGCAGUUACUCAACCAACUGGAUAUGAUAUGUAAAUAUUCAGACGUUUCAGGUGGCAUCCACUGCCUUCCAUCAGUGACAACUCACUAGACAACUCACCAGUGUCACUGAUGAAAGGUAGUGAAUGCUACUUGAAACGUCUGACCAUUUCGAAAAUCAUAUCUAGUUGCUUGUCGAAUGAGUAACUGUUUUUGGCAUAUCUUAUUACAUUUGUACCUGGAUGUCUAACCUUCAUCCACAUGCUUUGACUUAUUCAGACUGUAUGCCAGCCCUUAAUGUAACCUUAUGUAAAAUAUGAUCUGAACAUGCAUACGCAGUUUUUGUUCCGUCAGGUUUUUGCCUGUAUUUAAAUCGGGUAUUAUUUUUGCGGUUUCCAUAGUGACCUCAUCAUUGCAAAAUCAUGACGCUGCAAGUACGUAUCUCUAUUUUAUUCCUACCGAAAUACUAUGCAGCAUUGUUUCAACCACUAACUCAUUAUCAUCAUAGCUUAAACCACUAACUUAAACCACUGUACACACAGAAAUAGAGACCAUGCUAAAAGUAUCUACAUCGAAAAAUACAACAAUCAACUCUCUAUAUACAUAGGGAUGUUUUCAAUUACAUGUUUAUGUAAUGGUUUUAAGUCUUCGUAAUAUUAUUUACUGUCACAAAUGAACUUUCAUUUGUAAAACAAAAUAGUUACAUGUAUUAAAACAAUAUUCAAUUCCAA